AUGUCCCAAACUGUCAUUUUAACAGGAGCAACCGGAUAUGUUGGUCAACAUAUUCUUGGAGAAUUAUUAGACUCGAGAUAUAAGGUAAUUGCAAUAGUUCGUUCCCAAAAAUCGUCCGAUACAUUAUCAAAACUAUUCAAACAAAAUCCAAACUUGGAAUUUGAAAUUGUUGAACAACUUGACAAACCACACGCAUUAGAUAAAGUGUUGGAGAAACAUCAAGAAGCAGCAACUUUUAUUAGUACAGCUGCUGUGGUUACCUUUCAAGCAGAAGAUUAUGAAAGAGAUGUUAUAAAUCCAGCUAUAGAUCUAGUUAAAAACAUUUUUUCAAGUAUCAAAGACCAUGCCCCACAAAUAACUAGAGUAAUAUUAACUUCUUCAAGUGCUUCAGUGGUGGGAUUAGAUAAGGCAUUUGCAUAUGAUGCUGAAUAUUCUGAUAAUGAUUGGUCUCCACUUACCCGUGAAAUGAGUACACUGGACGGUACUAUGGCCUAUUUUGCAUCAAAGAAAUUGGCAGAAGAAGAAGCUUGGAAAUUUAUUAAAGAGGAAAAGCCAAAAUUUGAUCUUGUUGCUAUAAUGCCAGCUUUGGUUCUUGGUCCAGUUCGGUUUAGUUCUGAAUUGAGUAAUGGUAAAUUUCCUUCUACUUCUGGUAUGAUAGGAGGGUUAUUGCAUUUGAAACCUGAUGAUGCCAUACCGCCAAUGACAGCAGGUGCAGUUGACGUUAGAGAUGUUGCAAGGUUGCAUGUUGAUGUGAUUGCUUCGGAAAGUGCUUCAAACCAAAGAAUUCUAGUUGAAAGUGAUAAAAUAACUAAUGAUAAUAUUAUCCAAACCAUCAUUGACAAUUUUCCUACUUAUAAGAACAAAUUACCUACCCCUAACCCAGUGUCACAUUCUAAAUUUGUAAAACCCAACGAUGAACGGUCAAGAAAGAUUAUUGGAUUCUCGUUAAGACCUUUAAAGGAUUCAGUAGUUGACUUGAUCAAACAAAUCGAUCAAGAAAAUUCUGUAAUUGAAUCAAUUGAGAAAUUAGAUAUUAAAGAAUAG